AUGAAAGCGAUUACAACAACAAUAGGGACACUAUGGAUCCUCUCUGCGCAUUGGACAAAAGCAGACACAAAUGCAGCGGACAACGAACCAGACUUCACCGUUCUCUGCAGUGUCCUUGACGUAGCUACAGGCAAACCAGCUCUGAACGACAUACCAACUAAAUGGAGGAACCUCAGACAACAACUCACAGACAUCAAUAUUAGUCUUUCCACAGGAGAUUGGACAAAGCACCUACUAGACACUGACGGCAAUGUACAAGAGUGGACAAAAGCACAGCAAGCGGGUAAACUGCCAGAGGACUGGGCAACUGAGUGGCCGGCCUGGGCGGCCGCAGCAAAACGCUCAGCAAAAGGCGGCGAAACGCAUGACAAACUCCAAGCAAGUGGGAUACCGUCAUUAGACGCAGAACAGCGAAAAGAAGCUGCUCAACUAAUAAAACACUUGCUUAACUCGACACAGCCACUCAUGGAUGCAUUACAAGGCGUCGAAACAGCCGAAGCAGCAACCACAGCAGCAGCUCUAGCCGCGACACUAGACCAAUCUGUCUAUGGCGACAAACCGGAAGCGCACCCAGGGAAACAGGCAUCGGCAGCUGUGAGGCGAACCGCGACACGGGGAAUCUGUGCCUCAGGUGCAAAAAUAGGUACAAGCCAAGCGCUAGCAGAUGCCUUGCUUUGCCUUUGCUGGACAGACACAGGAUCGCCACCACAAGGUCAAGGGAGCGUCUGCAGAAAGAACCUCGGCAACACUUUGACGUCAACGUGGGACACAGCAUCAGCAACCGUCAACGCAGCUUAUGCGCAAAUAAAAGGGGCAUGCAAACUACAAACAGGCCAUACAAUAACAGCCGCCAAUAUAGCCGAGGCACUAGCAGCAGUUAAGCACAAAAUAGCCCAGCACAAGGAAGGCGGUUACCUCGGCAAAUACGAAGGCGACUUCAGCUGCGACGGCAAAAACGCCAACGGAGUCUGCAUCAAGUACGCAGACUUUUCUGACAAAGGAAACAAAGCUUUCGAGGAAAUAGAAUGGGUGAAAAAGCUUCGUUCAGUAGAGACUGCCUUACGCAAGCGAGAAGCAGCGGUGGCACGUGUCGACACUUUAACCACAGCGCUCGAAACGCAAACAGCUGCAGCCUGGCUUAUACCACAACGCGCAAAGAGCAGCCAACAAAAAAGGGAAGGUGUUUCCCCAAAACAGCACACAUCAACAGGCAAUGGCAACAAACAACAAGCGGACCAGUGCGAAGCAAUAAAGAAAGCAACUGAGUGCAAAGAAAAACAGCCAAACUGUGAGUGGCAAGGUAAAAAUGACGAGGAUGGUCCCCACUGCAAAGUAAAUAAAACACACAUAACAAAAGAAGCAGCUCAAACAGGAACAAAUAGAGGAAAUGAAGAGACAACAACAGACAAGUGUAGUCAAGCAAAAACCUCUGACGAAUGCGCUGCAGUAAAAGGUGAUAUUCCAAAAGAUAAAAAAUCUGUUUGCGGAUGGAUAGAAGGAAAGUGUCAGAAUUCACGUUUUCCCGUCAAUAAGAAAUUGACUCUAAUGGUUUCUGCAUUUGUGAGUAUUGCAGCAUUUUAG